AAAAUAAUAAUAAUAAAAAAAAAGGAAGAAACAAACUUCUUUUGAAAAGAGAAAAAGAAAAAGGAAAAGAUUAUAUAAAGUUUCAAUCGGGGUCAUAAUCGGGCUUUUAUAAUGGAGACAUGGUUGAUUUAAUAUUUCGUGGCAUUCUAGGAUUAGCAACCGAGAAUGCUGACUGUUUGCGAAGUUAAGAGGUUAUAGUCUGAGUCUUCGAUCUCCCGCCAAAAUUUGAAAUUGAUCGGCAAGGGUUUACGUUUGCUGCUUUGAUCUCCAUGGAGUCCGAAUCGGACCAUCAGAAAACUCCAUCCUCAAGGCACAAAUGCUCUGCAUGCUAUAGGCAGUAUAAGAAAAAGGAACAUCUUGUUGAGCACAUGCGGGUUUCGUUCCAUUCGGUCCAUCAGCCCAGAUGUGCGGUCUGCCAAAAGCAUUGCAAAUCUUUUGAAUCGCUGAGGGAACAUCUCAAUGGUCAAUUGCCUAAAGGAAAUUGUUCGAAGAUUUUCUCUGAACGAGGUUGCUAUUUAUGUUUGAAACUCUUUGAUAGCUCCACUGCUCUCAGUGAGCAUAAAGAAAUGUGUUGCCUACCUGCACCUGCUCCAUUAGGGACGAUGACAAUGCCAUAUGCAGAAUCUCAAAUUGACAGUUCAGAGUUGAACAAUGAAAACCACAUUGACAGAGGUCCUGAAGCAAUUGCUAUAGAUUGUGAAAUGGUUGGCGGUGGAAGUGAUGGAUCACUGGACCUUUGUGCUAGGGUGUGCUUAAUUGAUGAAGAUGAGAAACUAAUUUUCCAUACUUAUGUGCAACCCCAGAUUCCAAUAACUAAUUUUAGAUAUGAUGUAACUGGUCUAACAGAAGAGCAUCUUAAAGAUGCAAUGCCACUAAAGGAUGUGCAAGAUAAAAUUUUGCAAAUUUUGUACAAUGGAGAGUCCAUUGGGAGAGUACGGUUGGAUGGUGGAAAGGCUAGACUUCUUGUGGGACAUGAUUUAGAGCAUGAUCUGGAUUGCUUGAGAAUGAAUUAUCCUGAUCACCUGCUGAGGGAUACUGCAAAGUACCAUCCAUUGAUGAAAACAAACUUGGUUAGCCACUCCCUCAAGUAUCUCACCCAAACAUAUCUAGGGUAUCAAAUUCAGUCUGGUGUGCAUGAUCCCUAUGAAGAUUGUGUUUCUGUAAUGAGACUGUAUAGAAGAAUGCGUGCCCAGGAUCAUCAGAAUAUAGGCAUGGGGGCAUCAUUUGCUACCAACUAUCCCCAAAACCUGAAAAAUGGUUUUGACUGGAGGAAAACCAAGGAACUCGAGGUGAUGACACCGGAUGAGCUUUAUGAAAUAUCGACGCCGAAUUACAAGUGUUGGUGCCUAGAUCAAGGCAAGAAUGCAGUGUCUAACAUUGAUCUCUGAUUUGAUUCAUCUGAAAACACAGAUCUUUAUUACACAUGGAGUAUUAUUUUGAUAAUGAUCUUUUCUUGGAUAUAUUAUUGCUCUGGUUUUGAAGAUUUUGAGGGAGAGUGGAUAGAGUUAGAAGUGCUUGGAGGGUUGUAAUUUCAUGUAAAACAUUUAAUAUAUCUAUGUACAUAUUUCAUGUUUCUCACCUUCACUAUGAACCAAAAGAAGGCAGGCAUGCAAAUCUUAUUAACUCUCAAGAUGGUAAAAUUAUCCAUAAGAUAUUGUUAUU